AGUGAGCACUUCUCCAAUUCUAUACGAACAGCCAUCUGCUAAAGAUACUGCUCCUGAAUGACACUUUGGAAGACUUUAAGGCUUAAUCUGUACUGGCGAAGCAUACUUCACCCAGUACAUUGGUGGAAUCUGCAGGUUGAUGAAUAGUCAGCACUUACGAGAUUUUUACACACAAAUCAGAUCUGCGACUUUCUCGAAGAGAAAUUACUUUAACUUUCCACGGGGAUAUUUCAAUAUCUCAAACUCGAAGAGAAAAUGGUCAAAGCAACAUCAGCUUCAGCACUAAUUUUACUGUGCUUCCUCUUUCUACUCAAAAUUGUUGUACCGCUCACACCCAGAUGGAUUCCCAGAAGCCUCCCAUGUGAUGUGAGUAUAGGGAAUAACGGCUCCUCUAUUCAAGUAGACUGCAGAAGCAACCGGCUUCAAAAUAUACCAGCAAAUAUUCCUGCAAAUACAACAAGUCUAAAUCUGGCAGAUAAUCAGAUUUCAUACAUUUCCAGUCACCAUUUCUCCAACUUACAAAACCUAACCAAAUUAGAUUUGAGUUGGAACCUUUCACCUGGGAAGAGCAUGGUUAUUGCAAAUGACAGCUUCUCCUCCCUGAGAAAUCUACAAGAGUUAUACCUGGAUCAAAACCACCUCGAUAAAAUCCCUAAGAAACUCUCACUUAGUUUACAACUACUCAGCCUCAAUGGCAGUAAGAUUCUCAAUGUAACAAAAGAGGACCUACCCGAUCUGUCAAACAUAGAAACACUUCACUUGUCACAAAACUGUUACUAUCACAAUCCGUGCAAUGUGUCCAAUCAUAUAGGUGAUGGGGCAUUUUCAAGUGGCAACAAACUGAAAACUCUAUCGCUUGGCUCAAAUAAUUUAACCUCGGUUCCUCGAAAACUGCCAGAAACAUUAAGUUCAUUAUAUCUCCAUAAAAACAAGAUUCAAAUUAUAAACCAUGAUGAUUUUGAACAUCUGAUUGAUCUGGAAUACCUUGACUUAUCUCAAAACUGUCCCAGAUGUUUUAAUGCUCCAUUCCCAUGUGAACCCUGCCCUGGAGAUAGCUCCAUGCACAUCCAUCUCUACGCUUUUCAAAGGCUUUCAAAGUUACAGACAUUAAUUCUUUCCAGCAACAGCCUCCAUAAAAUACAAAGUGACUGGUUUCAGAAUUGUACAAACUUGAAGGUUUUACAUCUUCAAAUGAAUUUUUUGAUUGAUGAAAUUGCUACUGGAGACUUUUUAAACUACCUACCCAGGCUAGAAGAACUAGACUUGUCAUUCAACUAUAAAAUAACUCGAUAUCUCAAAAACAUAAAUCUCUCAAGAAACUUUUCCAAAUUAGUUGCUUUGAGAGAAUUAAUUAUUAAAGGUUAUGUUUUCAAACAACUCGAAUCCCAGGAUCUGAAACCAUUGUACGUUCUUAACAAUCUUACUGUUCUCAACCUUGGAACAAAUUUCAUUAAGCAGGCAAACUUGACAAUCAUCCAAAAAUCUACAUCACUAAAGAUAGUAGAUCUUUCAGAAAAUAGAAUAUCACCUCCAUCAGUCAACAGAAAUCUUCUACAUGAUUCUACAUAUAAAGAUAAACCUCUCCCAUUUGUAGAGUCGAGUUUAAACAAGCCAAAUUUACUGCCAGGAUAUACCCAUCUUGGAUAUGAAUCCCUUAAUGAUGAUGAUAACAAUAUCCUGGGACCAAAGAUGCAGUGGGCUUGUCAUUCGUAUGGGAUGACAUUGGAUUUGAGUUUGAAUAAUAUUUUCUUCAUUAGCCCAAAGCAGUUUAAAGGCUUUGAGAAAAUAAGGUGCCUGAAUUUGUCAGCAAAUGCAAUUGGGCAAGCUUUAAAUGGGACUGAGUUUGCUUCCUUGCCAAAUUUGAAAUAUUUAGAUCUUUCUUAUAAUCGACUUGAUCCAGCUUAUGAUAAUGCUUUUAAAGAACUGUGGCAACUGGAAGUGUUGGACUUAAGUCACAACCCGCACUAUUUUAUCGUUGAGGGUGUGACACAUAAAAUGGGAUUUAUUGAAAACCUUAAAUAUUUGAAAGUGUUAAAUUUAAGCAACAAUGGUAUCUUCACCUUAACAGAGAAAGGAUUAAACAGUGCCUCUUUGGAAGUUUUGAAAUUCCAUGGAAAUCGGUUGGAUAUUUUGUGGAAGAAGGAGGAUUGUAGAUAUAUAAACUUAUUUAAAAAUCUAACAAAUUUGACCUAUCUUGAUUUAUCUUACAAUCAACUUGAGCACAUCCCAUCUGAAAUCUAUGAAAAUUUACCACGUAAAUUAUCAUACUUGUCUUUGAGCCAUAACAAACUAAAAAUGUUUAAUUGGGAUGAACUUCACUUAUCGAAGAACUUGCUGACUUUAGAUCUGAGCCACAAUUACUUAACCAUUGUCCCUGAUAGGCUGUAUAAUUGCACCAAGUCCCUCCAAAAACUGUUGCUGAAAGAUAAUAAAAUCAUUCAACUUCCCAUAAGUUUCUUUACAUCAGCAAACAGAGUAAAGUAUCUUGAUUUAAGUUAUAACGAAAUUAAAAUAUUGCAGCAGACAGUUUUUCCAACAAGUGAACAACUUUUCUUGGAAGUUCUGGUUUUAAAAGGGAAUCCAUUUUAUUGCAUUUGUGAACUUGUGCCAUUUAUUGCUUGGAUUAAUACAUGCGAUCUGGACAUUCCUCAGUUGGCCACUGAUGUUACCUGUGAAUCUCCUGAAAGUCAUCGAGGACAAAGCAUUAUUCUCCUUGAUCAGCACACAUGCGCAAUGAAUGAUCUUGCAGCUUCACUAAGUUUGGCUUCUGCCAUCAUCAUUUUUUGCACAUUGUUUAUGGCAUUGACCCAUCAUUUGUUUUAUUGGGAUGUAUGGUACUUGUACAACUUAUGCACUUCUAAGCUGAACCAGUAUCAGUAUCGCACUCUUAAAGUACAGAGCUGCUCCUAUGAUGCAUUCAUUGCUUAUGACACUUCAGAUCUGGCUGUGACAGAUUGGGUUGUCAAUGAAUUAUUGGUUCAUUUGGAAGAUAAAGGUGAAAGGCAAUUUUGCCUCUGUUUGGAAGAGAGAGAUUGGGAAUUAGGAAUGCCUGUUGUCGAGAAUCUUUCUCAAAGCAUUCACAAAAGCAAAAAGACCGUGUUCUUGCUCACAAGGAAGUAUGUCAAGACUGGAACUUUCAAAACAGCCUUUUACAUGGCUCACCAAAGACUAAUGGAUAAAAAUGAAGAUGUGAUCGUGUUGAUCCUGCUGGAACCUGUUUUAAUAAACUCAAAAUAUCUGAAAUUAAGGAAGAGGUUAUGUCGCAGCUCUGUGUUACAUUGGCCUAAAAAUCCUAAUUCUGAAGACUUUUUCUGGCAAUGCUUAAGAAAUGCGAUAACAGCAAACAAUAAGUCAAGAUACAAUACAAUUGCAGAAUUCACUUGACUCCAUUUAAGCCAUCUUAUCUUUUUUUACACUGCAUGAUGCCCGAUAUGUGAUCACAUGGGCUACAAACUCCAAUGUACUUGCUUGGCCAUUCAUUCUCAAGUAUGGCUUGAUCACUUAAGCUUAAUUUCUUUUAUGGAACUACGGUAAACUGAAGACAAAGAAGAAGUCUAAAAUUCUCGUCUCCCUUUUUGAUAAUACGCUGUCAAAUGUUUUCCUCCUGCUACUACUUUUGCUGUGAGGUGUUCAGGAAUUUGUUUCAGUGUGCGUAAUAUUAAACGUUCCUCUUCUAAGUGAACUGAUCAAACCACUUCUCCAUCUGAUCAUUCACAACGUGCAUAUUAUACAUUUCCACCCUCACCCACCCAUCAUCAUAAAAUAUAUAUUGUCCUUUAAGAGUACCAGUUAAUCCUUCAAUUUCCUCACUUGGACACUACACUUCUCCCAUGCCUGUAACAUCAGCAACUCCACACUUUUGAUUUAAAUGUCCUUCAAAACACAUCAUCAAAUCACAAUCUCACAUUACCAAAUAUUGCUCACCUGCAUUAUUCCCCUUCUCUCUAAAUUAAUGCCACAACAUCAUCAAUUCCACCUUCUUCAACUUGCCUCAGUUUCUCUCCUGGUUCCUUCACAUCUGUUGUGUCAUUGGAAUUACUUCUCUCCUGGCUGCAUUUUCGGUUGUAACAUCCUUGUUACCCUCUUCACCAUUUACAUUCAAUCUCUUAAAACAUGGAGUCAAUUUCCACAUGCAUGUUAGAGAUGCUUGUUAUUUAAAUUUACUCUCUCCAACAAUAAUACUUGUUUGUCCAACAACUAUCCUGCAUAAGAUUCUGGAUGAGCCAUACUUAGCAGAAGUUUAAUGUCAACAAAACUAAAGAGAUUUUAUAGAGAUUCCAAAGCAGCUAUAAUUUACUCCAUCAAUCUCCCCAGCAUCUACCAUAGACUGAAUACCAAUUUAUAGGAUUUUCUGUUGGGCACCAUUUGCAGCUCCCUCUUCCACAUUUCAAUUUAAGGGAAGCAGGUUGCCCAUUUCUGUUCCUGUCAGUCAAUAAAAUUUAAGUUCCUAAUUAUGUGAUCUUGAAUCUAGGUUCUUUUGACCCACUUCUUGCUGUCCUUCAUGCUUUCUCCUCUCAUGUCCUUUGUCACUUCUUUGCAAUGGAACUCUGACCCAUGUUCUCACUCUUCACUAGUUAUCAACAGAGGAAACUAUAUAAUUAACAAUAUACUAUAAUAGUCAUUCAAUACUUUAAAACUUUGCCUAUUAUUCUGUAAGACAAGGCA